CUGACGGUUUCUCUGCCAGGCGUUGUGAGCAGUAAGCUGAUUUUGUUGCCCCGACGCUCAUCUGCAGUUCCAGCAUAUCAGAACAUACCACCCGGUGUCUUGGCGUCAGCGAGUACCAAGGAUCAUGCAAGCUGAUACGGCCAGUCGCUAGAUCCCGGCUAUGGAAGCCAUUGCAGAAGAGUACAUGGAGCUCAUCGGCACUAUCGAACCGCAACAUACGAAGAAGCAGACAAUCCCAAUGAUCUCAAGUGUCAAAAGGGAGCCUGUGACAGCAAAGGCAGUAUCAACAGCGUCCUACUGGGUCCAGAACCUGUUAUCUCCGGUGCUCUUCGACUGUGCAUUGAGUAUUCUGCUUGAUGCAGACAAUAAGAUGCAGCUUGGUAUGCCGAGGCGAAAGCCAGUCUAUGAUCUAGUUGAGAUUGGGCCGUACUCUGCUCUGCGUCGUCCGUGUCAAGAUAUACUAGAGCUUCAUUCACGAAAACUGGAAGUUCGUUACACGUCGGUUCUAUCCAAGAAUACGUCAGCCGCGAAAGGAGUGCUGGACCUCGUGGGCACGUUAUUUGCAACCGGCUAUUCUGUUUCUGUGACGAAGGCAAAUCAGCGAGGCAGCAUACCCACAAAGGCUCCAGAGUGUCUAGUCGAUUUGCCAGGAUAUCCAUUCGACCGAUCUCAAACGUACUGGCACGAAUCUCGGAUUAGUCGCGAUUUCAGAUUGCGAGGUGAAGUUCCGAGAGGUGUACUGGGAUCACGAUGUGCAGACUGGACGCCACUACAGCCAAGAUGGCGCAAGCUCAUCAACACAAGAGAGAUGCCAUGGGUUGCAGACCACGUGGUUAGUGGAAGCGUGAUUUAUCCCGGCACAGGUAUGCUCAUCAUGGCACUGGAAGCUGCUCGACAAAGCGCCGCGGGAACGCAGCCAAUCCAAGGCAUUGUGGUCAAAGAAGCACUGUUCUCCAGUCCCAUGGUUUUACGACAAGAAGGCGAGGCCGAGCCGAGUGUUGAGGCUAUUUGUCAACUGAGACCCAUCCGAAGGCUGAAUGAGAAAGGUGCCAAUUGGUCCGAGAUCACAAUCUCCACCGUUCACAAUGAGGUCUGGACUGAGUGCUUCCGCUGUACAAUUCAGCUCCAAUACGAUGAGUCCAAUACCGAGAUCGACGGAGGAAGAGAGAGAGUGUUAGCUCGCGAAAACGCGCAGCUUGAGUAUGACGCCGCGCUUGAACGAUGCGCAACAACAUUGCCGUCCACGAGCUUUUACACGUACUGCGCGGACCGAGGUAUCGUAUACGGCCCUUCAUUCAGCAUUCUCAAGAACAUACAGUGGAACAAAGACGGUACAGCCACUGGCCGCGUGAAUAUUGCUCAGUCUUUCGCGGAGUACGAGGGUAUCGUACAUCCUGCGAUCGUCGACGCAGCCUGCCAAGUGUGCUGGCUAGCUUCCUCAAAGGGCUUGACAGAGAACAUGCCGACAGAGAUCCCGCACAGAUUGACAGAUGUGUACGUAGCAGCCUCGGGAUGGAAGGAAAAUCGUACUUCAAACGUUCGGAUAUGUUCAAGAGCGAACUUCAAAGAGGCAGGAAGAGGUAUCGAAGGGAGCAUCACGCUUCUAGGUGAUGAUGGUUCGCUUCUUUGUAGGAUUGGUCGCUUAGAACUGUCACCCAUCGCCGAUAACGCUUUGCCUGAUGGUCGGGAUCGUAAGAUGCUGCACGGCAUACAGCGAGAGCCUUGCUUGUCGCUCCUCACUCCGGCACAGGUGACCGAGAUCGUGAAUACCCACGAAAAGAUCACACCAGUCGAACCGAAAAAGACUGAUUCGCAAAGAUUUUCUGAGGUCUUGCAGCUAGUCAUUGGCGAAACGUUGUCUCAGUUGAAAAGUUCGGACAUUGACAAUGCGCAGCCUCACCUACAAAGAUAUGUAGAGUGGCUGCGAGAGGUCCACGAAACGAACGUAGCACGCGGACUGGACGCAAACCUCGAAGACCUUCUGAAUGAGUUCGACAGUUCACAUUCUCAGUGGGGUUUACACAUCGCCGUCGCACGCGAAUUGCCCCAGAUCAUACGUGGCGAAGCAGACCCACUACACAUCAUUUUCUCGACGAAUCUUGCAGAGCGCUUCUACAUCGAUAUGUUCCAACGCCAUUGCGACGCUAGGUUCGCUAGACUUCUCGAUCUGAUGUCUUUCGAGAAGCCUGGACUCAAGAUCUUGGAAGUCGGGGCUGGAACCGGAUCGAUGACAAGCCAUGUUUUGGCGGCACUCCAAGCUUGCGAACAGCGCUAUGGGGGUGUGCGAUUCGAGAACUACACAUAUACAGACAUCUCCCAUGCUUUCUUCGAGGAUGCUAAAGAUAGGUUCAAGGACCAUUCGAAUCGGAUGGACUUCCGCGUAUUGGAUCUUGAAAAGGAUGUCGUCGGUCAAGGCUACGAACAGGAGACAUAUGACCUCGUCGUCGCGGGAGCAGUUCUACACACAACUGAGAGCCUGCAUAUCCCUCUCCGAAAUGUUCGCAAGUGCCUCAAACCAGGCGGAAAAUUGAUAUUUCUCGAGAAUGUGAUCCCAGAUCUCGCACUCCAAUUUAGCUUCGGUACACUGUCUGGAUGGUGGCGAGGCAAGGAAGACUGGCGCGCUGGGCCUCGGGAUCAAUACACAUCCGAAGCACAGUGGCAGCAAGUUCUCCAGGAGUGCGGCUUUUCCGGAAACGAUGUCGUUUUGAGCGAAAACGAUGCAAAAACGUUCAGCAUCGUCAUGUCAACAGCUGUCGCAGGACCCAAGCAACCACUCGAAACAGGGCGAGUCUUGAUGUGCUUGGAUCCAAAAUCCGACGAACAACGCGACUUCGGGCUAGCUAUCGAGAAGAGUCUGAACACAGAUGGCCGCUAUGCGUGCGAUACGUGCGACCUUAGAGACAUAUCAGAAAGAAACAUCGGCCCCGAUGACCGUGUCAUUGUUCUGUACGAGCUGGGCUGCAGCCGCCUACGAUCCUUGUCCGAAGUGGAAUUUCGCAAUCUCCAGAGCUUAAUCCAGAAGGCGAAGAACAUUCUUUGGCUUACAGAGACCGUAACCGAGGACGAGCAAAGCAUAUUCGCGGGCAUGGCGACAGGUUUCCUCAGAACGAUGCGCUCCGAAGCCACCAACAGUCAGAUUGUCACGCUCGCUUUAGAGAGACUACCCAACGCCUCUUUCAUAAGCGGCAACGACCAUGUUGUUACAGUUUUUAAGUGCUCGUUUGAAGAGGCAUGCAUCGAGGCCGAGUACUUCGUCGAGGGUGACAAGAUUUCCAUUGGACGCCUGCGAGAAGAGAUACCGACUAACACAAGUAUGGUGAAUGCUUCGUACCCGAGCUUGACCUCUGGACGCUGGGGUGAAGGCCCGGCUUUGAAGUUCGAUGUCGGUGUACGUGGGACUUUGGACACUCUGAGAUUCAUUGAAGAUCCGGUUUACUACGAGGAGCUGGGACCCAAUGACGUCGAGGUCGAUGCCAAAGCGUGGGGCUUGAACUUCCGAGACGUGUUUAUUGCCCUUGGCCGCAUGGAUGAGAACGAGUUCGGCCUGGACACAGCUGGAUAUGUGACAAGAGGCAUCCUUCGAAUGACUGAGGGCCAGGGCGUUGACGUCAUCCUAAACUCCUUGGCUGGCGAGGCACUCCACGCUUCCUGGGAGUGUAUCGCACCUUCCGGUCGAUUCGUUGAGAUUGGAAAGGCAGACAUCAAGGCCGGAUCGUCUUUGCCAAUGGCGAAGUUCGAACAAAAUGUCUCUUUCUCUGCUGUCGAUCUGCGCCAAAUCCUAGCUGUGCGAAAAGACUUUUCGCAGAAGCUGAUUACUGCAAUGAUGAGGUUGUUCGAAGCUGGGGAUAUGUCCUGCCCCCAUCCGCGACACCUGUAUCCGGUGUCGGCAGUGGAAGACGCAUUCCGUUUCUUGCAGAGCGGGAAGAACACUGGCCGGAUUGUGAUCAACAACACACCUGACGAGAUUGUUCCCAAAUACCUGGCCGUGCGACCUGCAUGGACAUUUGAUCCUGAAGCUUCCUUCAUGAUAGCUGGAGGGCUCGGAGGUAUUAGUCGGGCGAUUUGUAGAUGGAUGGCUCGACGUGGGGUUAAGCACCUGAUCCUGCCAUCGCGAUCGGGUCCAACAAAGAAGGCAGCACUAGACCUUGUAAAGGACCUGAUGGCCGAUGGGGUGAAUGUCGUAGCGCCAGUGUGCGAUGUGGCUUCGGAGGAGUCGCUCUCGAGACUUCUUGUCGAGUGCGACGCAUCAAUGCCGCCGAUCAAGGGAUGCAUCAAUGCAGCCAUGGUUCUUCAGGACGCUAUCUUCGAGCACAUGACCUUUGAUCAAUGGCAGACGUCGGUACGGGCCAAGGUCCAGACAUCAUGGCAUCUUCACAAGCUUCUCCCGUCUGGCAUGGAUUUUUUCGUUCUCUUGUCAUCGCUCGCAGGUGUGAUUGGCAAUGUGUCGCAGGCAAAUUACGCCGCCGGAAACACGUUUCAGGAUGCAGUCGCCGACUACCGGACCGCUCGUGGUGAGCAGGCAGUGUCCAUCAACCUGGGGUGGAUGAGAACCAUCGGGGUCAUAUCCGAGAAGGAAGAGUAUCAGAGUUUCCGUAUGAAAGGCGCCGACAUGGCAAAGAUUGAGGAGAAAGAGCUUAUGUCCCUGCUUGACAUUUACUGCGAUCCAUCCUACAGUCACUCCCAUCGUUCGAAGAGCCAGAUCCUCAUGGGCACGAUCACACCCUCGGAUCUACGUUCGAGGGGUAUCAUGGUCCCGGAUGCGAUGGAGCGACCGCUUUUCUCAACAUUCGCAACCUGUCCAGACAGUCUCGUCGCUGUCGAAAGUAGCGAGGGCACAGAUGCAGCAGGACUGUUCAGGAAAACCGAAGAUGUCGAACAGAGAGAGAGAAUUGUGGCGGAUGCGUUGGCGAGCAAAAUUGCGCGCUCGCUCUCCAUGGCGCACGACGACAUCGAUCGCGACCGGCCGCUGUUCGCAUAUGGGGUGGACUCUCUUGUCGCUGUAGAACUUCGAAACUGGAUUGGGAAGGAGUUCGCUGCUGAUGUACCCGUAUUCGACAUCAUGGGUGGGGCUACCAUCAAGGCAAUUGGUGUGUUGACGGUGAAGAACAGUUCCGUCGGUAAAUAG